UACUCUGGAUUGCCAUCCAUCAACAUGCAUUUCACUUCUUUGCUGGCCUCCAGCUUGGCCCUGAUAUCAUCCGGUGUCUUUGCUGCUCCUUCUGCAGAAUCUCAUAAAUUAGGCAAGAGAUGCACCAACUCAGCCAGUGAUCGAUCUUGUUGGGGAGAUUAUGAUCUGUCUACUGAUUACUACACUGAGGUUCCUGACACUGGAGACACCGUCGAGUACUGGUUCGAACUCACCAACACAACAGCCGCACUUGAUGGCGUUUCAAGGGACGUUCUAACGGUUAACGGCUCCUUCCCUGGGCCGACAAUUAUUGCCAACUGGGGUGACACUGUUAUUGUUCACCUCUAUAACGGAUUAGAAAACAACGGUACCGGUCUGCAUUUCCACGGUAUUCGACAAAACUUCACCAACCAAAUGGAUGGUGUGCCUUCAAUCACUCAAUGCCCACUUGCGCCUGGAGAGUCUAUGACCUACACCUGGGUUGCCACACAAUAUGGCACAACUUGGUACCACUCUCACUUUGCUCUACAAGCUUGGGAAGGCGUUCUCGGCGGCAUCCUCAUUAAUGGACCUGCCACUGCGAACUACGAUGUCGAUAAGGGACACAUCUUUUUGAACGAUUGGACCCACCAAACUGCAGAUGAGAUAUAUAGCACUGCUGAGACGUCCGGCCCGCCCACCUUGGACAACGGACUCAUUAACGGCACCAACACUUAUGACGAUGCGGGAACGCGAUUCGAGAUGGAUGUUACUGCUGGAUCAACGUACAGGCUUAGACUGGUCAACGGUGCCAUUGAUUCUCACUUCAAGUUUAUGGUUGACAACCACACGCUUACUGUCAUUGCCAUGGAUCUCGUUCCCAUAGUACCAUAUACUACAGAUGUCCUCUCAAUCGGCAUGGGACAACGAUACGAUGUCAUACUAAAUGCGACGGAAACCACUGGAGACUUUUGGAUGCGAGCGAUUCCGCAAACCUUCUGCAGUGACAAUGACAAUGCCGAUAACAUUAAGGGAAUAGUUCGCUACGACUCGACCAGCACUAGCGACCCAACUACGUCCGCAUUCACAUAUACGGACAACUGCGAUGAUGAAGCUAUCGCUGAUCUCGUCCCCUAUCUCUCAUCUGACGCCAGCUCCGAUAGCGAGGAAGAUGACUUUGCCGUCACCGUCGGCAAGAGCAGCAAUCUCUUCAAAUGGUACAUGGCAGCUACUACUUUUGUAGUCGAGUGGGCCGACCCAACUCUCCUCCAGAUCUACAACGAUGACACCAACUUCACUACUUCAUCGCACGUAAUUGAGGUCGACACGGCAGAUGAAUGGGUCUACUUCGUCAUCGAGACCAUCCAAACCGUUCCCCACCCCAUCCAUCUCCACGGCCACGACUUCUACAUCCUAGCCCAAGACACGGGAACCUACGACUCCUCAACCGUGGAUCUCACCCUCACUAACCCACCCCGCCGAGACGUCGCCAUGUUGCCUGCCGGCGGCUAUCUAGUCAUUGCUUUCAAAACCGAUAACCCAGGUGCAUGGCUCCUGCAUUGCCAUAUUGGCUGGCAUACCAGUGAGGGUUUCGCUCUCCAAAUCGUUGAGCGUUACUCUGAGAUUGCUGCACUUAUCGACUCCACUGUCUUGAGUGAUACUUGUGAUGCUUGGACUACAUAUGCCACGGCCGAUGACAUCGUCGCCGAUGACUCUGGAGUGUAA